UGGGACCGAGGGGAAAGCAACAGCCUUCUGCACUGGACUAGCAAGCACGCUUUUGCACUUUCUUUCCCCUUCUAAAUGAUUUUUAACCUUCUUCCAGAGACAGGGGAGAGGGCACACUGCACUGAUCUCCAAGGUCAGUGUUGCUUCCUUACAGCCAUGGCUUCCUUGCUUUUUCAUGCAAGCCAGAUCGCUGAGAAGCAAAGAAGCAGCAGCCGCUCAGAAGUGCAUUUAAGGAGGACAGCGGCUGGGUUGUGUCAGUGCGGCCUUCCUGUUGGUGACAAUUGUAGCCAUGGCUGGAGGGGAUGAGGUUCCGGAAAUGGGAUUCGUGGAGAGGAGCGGAUGCCAGUUUACAAUCAACGGAGAACCAUUCUACUUCAACGGAUGGAACUCGUAUUGGCUAAUGGCGAGAUCUGUGGACGAAGCCAACAGGAUCAAUGUCCAAGACAUGCUCAAGGAAGCCGCUGGACUCGGCCUCACGGUGUGCAGGACUUGGGCCUUCAACGACGCUGGCUACGAGGCAUUGCAGCUUUCCCCUGGCAAGUAUGACGAGAAAGUCUUCCAGGCCUUGGACUAUGCGAUCGAGCAAGCAAAGCAGUAUGGAAUACGACUGCUGCUCGUUUUUGUAAACAACUGGGACGACUAUGGUGGAAAGUCACAAUACUGCAAGUGGGCUCGAGAGGCGGGUGUGGACGUUGAUACUUCCACCACAGAUAGUUUCUUCUCGAGCCCCUCCACGAAAGAUUUCUACAAAGCGCAUAUCAAGGCGAUUGUGACAAGAGUUAACAGCAUCAGCGGGAUUCCAUACUCGGAAGAUCCCACCAUUUUUGGAUGGGAGCUUAUGAACGAGCCGAGGUGCCUUGCCGACAAAACUGGAGAUCUGCUUCAGCACUGGAUCGAAGAAAUGGCGAACUAUGUAAAAUCGCUCGACUCCAAGCAUCUCCUGACAGUAGGACUAGAAGGUUUCUACGGAAAGUCCAGCCCCGAGAGCCUCGUUGCAAAUCCUCAGGAUUGGUGCCAGUACCUUGGCUGCGAUUUCGUGAGAAACCACUUAGUGCCGAGCAUUGACUUUGCGACAAUACAUGCGUACCACGAUGCAUGGAGAUCGGACUUGGACAUUACUGGACUGAUGAAACAGUUCAAGCGAUGGGUGAGAAUGCACGCGCAGGACACUGAGGAAAAGCUCCAAAUGCCGCUCGUCAUCGCGGAGUUCGGCCUCUCGAAUCGAUUUGGAGUGCGAUGCCAGCGACACAUGUUUAAGUCCCUCUUCGACGUCGUCUACGAGUCCUCCAUCCUGGGAGGAGCAGCGGCUGGAACAAUGAUCUGGCAGCUCCUUCCGGAAGGUAUGGAUGGAUUCAAGGACUCAUACGCGAUCGUUGCUUCGCAGGAGCCAGUGAUCUCCAAGCUCCUGGCUUUGCAGUCGCAGCGCUUGAAGCUCGCGAUCGAGCUCCAUCGCACGAAUCAGUGCCUUCUCGUGGAAGACGAAGUGGAAGGAAAAGAAGAAGAGAAAGAAGAAAGCUGGCUCUUUGGUCUCAAGAAGCUCUCCAUAUGCGGAGCUGGUCACAACAAAUACUCCAUUUAAAUUGGCACAACUCGCAAACGAGAAAUGAAUAUUCCGCUAUCGUUAAUAAGACUUGACGGCAUUCA